GAACCCACAGAGCCUGAGCCAGCAGAACCCGGAACCAACAGAGAUGAACCAGCAGAGCCUGAAGCAACAGAUCCUGAAAUAGCAGUGCCUGAACCAGAAGAGCCUGAACUGGAAGAGCCUGAACUGGAAGAGCCUGGACCAGGAGAGUCUGGACCAGCACCACUGGAAGAACCUGAUCCAGUAGAGCCUGAGCCAGUAGAAAAGCCUGAAACAGCAGAGCCUGAACCGGUAGAGCCUGAACCAGUAAAGUCUGAACAUUCAGGGAAGACAGAACCAGCAGAGCCUGAUCCUGCACUGCCUGAACCCACAAAGCCUGAGCCAGCAGAACCUGAACCAGCAGAGAGAGAACCAGCAGAGCAUGAAGAAACAGAACUAGCAGGGCCUGAACCAGCAGAGCCUGGAGAGCCUGAACCUGCAGAGCCUGAGCUAGUAGAAGAACCUGAACCAUUAGAGCCUGAACCAUUAGAGCCUGAGGCUACAGAGCCUGAACCAACAGAGCCUGAAGAAGCAGAGACAGAACAACUAGCAGAGCAUGAAGAACCUAAACCAGCAGAACCUGGGCCGGCAGAAUCUGAACUAUUAGAGCCUGAACCAGCAGAGCCUGAGCCAGUAGAGCCUGUGCCUGCAGAUUCUGAAGCAGCAGAUCCUGAAGCAGCAGAGCCUGAACCAGCAGAGCCUGAAGCAGCAGAUCCUGAAAUAGCAGAGCCUGGGGAGCCUGAACCAGCAGAAUCUGUUGAGCCUGAACCAGAAGAGCCUGAACCAGAAGAGCCUGAACCAGCAGAGUCUGAACCAGUAGAACCGGAACCUUCAGGAGAGUCUGAGCUAGUAGAGCCUGAAACAGAAGCGCCUGAACCAGCAGAGCUUGAGCCAGUAGAGCCUGAACACGAAGAUUCUGAAGCAGCAGAGCCUGGGGAGCCUGAACCAGCAGAACCUGAACCAGGAGAGCCUGAACCAGAACAGCCUGAACUGGUAGAUCCUCAACCAGGAGAGUCUGGACCAGCAGCACAGGAACCUGAGCUAGUAGAGCCUGAAACAGAAGCGCCUGAACCAGCAGAGCUUGAGCCAGUAGAGCCUGAACACGAAGAUUCUGAAGCAAGAGCCUGGGGAGCCUGA